CAUCAUGUUCCGCUAGAACGCAAGUGGAAGCAGUAGCCAGCCAUAUUGGAGUUGGGACACGCCUUCUGAGCGGCGAGGUAGAGAUAGUAUACUGGUCCUUUAGCUUUAAACUUUCAUUGGAACGAUUAAGAAGCUACCUCGUGGGGAGACACUUAAUACUACCUUCACAGUUGCAACGGUUGCGUAAGAACUUGUUUUCUAACUGGCCUUGAAAGUCUCGUCAUGGAGAGUGGGAAGCUGGAUUUAGAUAGCGGGGAAAUGAACAGUUCGAAAGAACCAGUCGCCACGUAUAAGCCAUUGCCUGAAGACGACCUACGGGUACAGAUUAACUCUAACGAGAAGCCUGCCAUGGGAAAGCAAAAUGGAGAGAGCGAUCCUGACGAUGGAGCACAAGAACGAAUGCUCAAGGAUGAAAGGAAGAUAGGAGUUAAUAAAGAUGCUACCGAGGUGAAAUUUGUUUCUGAAAAUGGUGAUGCAAAAAUCGAUAUUGAGACUGUUAAGCAGACUCUUGCUGGAAUGGGCAAGGAAGAAUUGAUGAAAUAUGCUAAUGAUCCAUUUUGGAUAAGAUUGAGAUGGUUCUUGUUUGUUGCCUUCUGGUUAUUAUGGCUUUCUAUGCUGGCUGGGGCUAUUGCUAUUAUAGUGAUGGCACCAAAGUGUUCUGCUCCAAAACCAAAAAAAUGGUGGGAACAAAGUCCUAUCAUACAAUUAGAUGCAUCUGAUGUUGCAAGCAAGAAUCUUAAAGGUCUAGAAUCUCUUUUGGAUCCUUUGAAAUCGCAAAAUAUUAAAGCAAUAUCACUUAAAUCAAUUGUCAAAUCAUCACCAGAAGGACAUACAGAAGAUUUUAGAGAUAUUCAACCACAGUUAGGCCACAUUAGUGAUUUAAAAGAAUUUGUAAAAGCUGCCAAGGAGAAGGAGCAGCAUGUUGUACUUGAACUUGAUCCAAAUCAUUCUUCUAUACAUCAUCCGUGGUUCAAUAAAUCUGUCCAAAGAGAAGAUAAUUACACUGAUUACUAUGUGUGGUUUGAUGGUAAAAUUGAUUCAGAUGGAAAACGUGUUCCACCUAACAACUGGUUGAGCGUCUACGGUGGAUCAGCAUGGGAAUGGAACGAAGAGAGAGGUCAAUUUUAUCUUCACCAGUUCAAUAAGACGCAACCUGAUCUCAACUACAAUAACCCCAAAGUCGUUUCUGAAUUCUCGGACAUUCUCAAUCACUGGCUAAGUUUGGGAAUUGAGGGAUUCCGAUUGGCUAACACACAAUACUUAACAGAAGAUCCAAAUCUUCAUGAGGAGUCGCGAGCACCUCAGUCAGCUCAUACAAACGAUUAUGAAUCAUUAGUACAUGCAUACACAAGAGAUCGUCCUGAGAAUAGUAACAUCUUAAGAAAAUGGCGCGACUUAGUUUUAAACAACACUAAAGGGGAAGGAUUGUUCACACUGUGCGAUGAUAUUGAAGUUGACAUACUACAAGUAUUCAACGAGAAUCGGACAUUAAUUGACCUUCCUCAAAGUCCUCAGUUCCAUGCUGCGAUCAAUUCAAACAUUUCAGCAGCAUCCCUCAAUGAGAGCAUUUCCCAGUGGCUUAAUAGUUCUUCAUGGCCCGGUUGGAAUCUAAACACUUUAAGACAACGUCAUGAUCCUGCUGUCGCGGAUAGUUUAAUUUUAGCUAUGUUGCUAUUACCAGGAACGCCCAUCCUGCAAUUAAAUGAUACUCUUUCUGCCAAAGACGCAUUUACUAUUCUUACCAAUGCUCGUGCUGGGCAUCCAUUCCUUCAUGGAGAUACUGUGAUCAGUAUAUUAAACGAAGACGUCUUGGUUUACACCAGGAACUGGUUGAAGAGUGGUAAUCCAGGAUAUCUAGUAGCAUAUCACAGCGGAGAAAAACCAACUAACAUAGAUCUUUCGGUUUUACCACAAGUAUCCGAAGAGGUGAACGUUGUUACGCAAAGUCCUAAUUACGUUCAAGAUCAUUUUCCCAUUCAAACCAAACUGCCAUCCAACAAGGUGCCAAUUUCGCCGAAAAGCACUUUAAUUGUGACGUUUGUACCUAAAACAUAAUUUAGGUGCACAGAUAAUAAUGCAUUGCCGCCUAUCUAUUUAUACGCUAUAUACCGGCAAUGAAUGUAAUUACUGUUUUUAUUUAUCGCAUAUAUCUUUUUUUUAAGCGGCAUAUAUUACAUGACAUUAAAGCCCAAUUCAUGAUUAAAGAGAGCAUCCUAAAAUA